GUAGGUUUUGGCCAUAUCUGUUAUUUCUUCAAAGACAUAUUCGUCCACUUCUUCCGAAUUGGUCCUUGCACACCAUACUUACUUCUUGGUCGGUGCAGUUGUUUGGACAACUUGAUCGUUGGGUUUGUGUCCGCCCGCAUCUCCGCCACCGCUCCAACGCCCUGAUCCCGCCGCAAAGACAAUAGACAGACAGACAGACAAGACAACUUCCGUCUCACGCCUUCCACUUCCCUCCCCCCCCUUCGGAGCCCACGAUCAGCUUAUUCAAAUUUCGCCGCGAUGGGAGGUUCGCUUUCACGUCUCUGGUCCUUCGUUUGGGCAAAGAAAGAAAUCCGCAUCUUGAUCCUUGGACUCGACAAUGCUGGAAAAACAACUCUUCUUUACCGACUGAAGAUUGGUGAAGUGGUCACGACGAUACCCACGAUCGGAUUUAACGUCGAAUCGGUGACGUACGGAAAUUUGAACUUCAAUGUUUGGGACCUCGGAGGUCAAACAUCCAUCCGUCCAUACUGGCGAUGCUACUAUGCCAACACCGCUGCGGUCAUAUUCGUCAUCGACUCAACAGAUAUUGAACGACUCGGCACGGCUGCGGAUGAGCUGGCGGCGAUGCUCAACGAGGAGGAGCUUCGCGAUGCGGCCCUGCUGGUGUUUGCCAAUAAGCAGGACCAGCCGGGUGCCAAGGGCGCCGGUGAGAUCUCUGAGGCUCUGAAGUUGGGCGAACUGCGGGACAGAAAUUGGAGCAUUGUCGCAUGCUCUGCUAUUGAUGGCAAAGGUCUGAAUGAGGGCAUGGACUGGCUGGUUCAAACACUUCAGUCGGAGAACGCAUAAACCAUGCUGCGAUACCAGUCAUGCCAUAGAUUUGCUUUUGAUACACCUUCGAAACUCGGAUGGAAAACCACAAAGAAACGUGGACGCGCCAGCUUUGUUUAGGAGCUUCUUUCGUCGCCUGUGCGCCUUUUUUAACAUUGUUCCCUUUCGAGGCAGGGCUGUCGUUUAUACAUUAUACCUUUUUGAUUCUGAAAUGUGUUAUACCUUGCAUAAUACCUUAAUUCAUUCUACCAUGAUCCCCGUUGGCUUGGCUGUAAGGAAAUAGUGCUACUGAGUGAGAUGUUUGAGCUAGAGCAGUCGAACUUAGGACCAGCCAAUGUUCGGCUGUCUACUUGCUGCACGG